UCCAAAUCUCAGGGCUCCUGCACACCCGCUCCUGGCGCGGAGGGACCCCCGGUGGGAAGGGGCCCCUCUCUGGGCAGCCCCCUCUUCCCAGGGCCCCGAGGCGCCCUUCGCGGGUGGCUGCCGCCCGCAGGGCCCGUCCCGUGCCGCAGUGCCACACCUGAAGUCCUUGUCGGUGGAGGUCAUCUUCUCCAGCAGGCUGGAGAUAUGGUCUCGGUCAUUAACACCGUGGACACGUCCCACGAGGACAUGAUUCACGAUGCACAGAUGGAUUACUACGGCACGCGCCUGGCGACCUGCUCCUCGGACCGAUCCGUGAAGAUCUUCGACGUCCGGAAUGGAGGGCAGAUCCUCAUUGCAGACCUGAGGGGGCACGAAGGUCCCGUGUGGCAGGUUGCCUGGGCUCAUCCUAUGUAUGGGAAUAUCUUGGCUUCCUGUUCCUAUGACAGGAAGGUUAUUAUCUGGAAGGAAGAAAAUGGCACUUGGGAAAAGACCUAUGAGUACACGGGACAUGAUUCCUCAGUGAAUUCUGUCUGCUGGGCACCACACGACUAUGGACUGAUCCUGGCCUGUGGGAGCUCUGAUGGGGCCAUUUCCUUGUUGAGCUACACGGGUGAUGGGCAGUGGGAAGUCAAAAAGAUCAGCAAUGCACACACGAUUGGAUGUAAUGCAGUUAGCUGGGCUCCUGCUGUUGUACCAGGGAGCCUUAUAGAACAACCUUCUGGUCAAAAGCCGAACUACAUCAAACGAUUUGCAUCUGGUGGCUGUGACAACCUGGUCAAGAUCUGGAAGGAAGAAGACGGUCAGUGGAAAGAAGAGCAGAAGCUGGAGGCUCACAGUGACUGGGUGCGAGACGUGGCCUGGGCUCCAUCCAUAGGUUUGCCAACCAGCACCAUUGCUAGCUGCUCACAGGAUGGCCGAGUGUUUAUCUGGACGUGUGAUGAUGCCUCUGGAAACUCCUGGUCGCCAAAGCUGCUGCACAAGUUCAAUGAUGUUGUCUGGCAUGUGAGCUGGUCCAUCACUGCCAAUAUCCUUGCAGUGUCUGGAGGAGACAACAAAGUGACACUGUGGAAGGAGUCGGUGGACGGACUGUGGGCGUGUAUCAGCGACGUGAACAAGGGCCAAGGAGGGGUGUCUGCUGUGAUAGAAGGGCAGCAGAAUGAGCAGUGAUGCACAGCGGAGUACUCCAGCUGCAACAAGUGAUCAUUGUCCCUAAUUUGCAAUGUGUCUUUAGCUGGAUGAGAACUGAUUUUAUCUAAACUGGACAUGAACAUGGGAAACAAUUAUCCAAUUUUAUGAGCACUCUAAAACUAUUACUGAGAGGCUACAAUAUGUUGAUAAUCAGCCUUAAUUGACAUUCCCUUAAAGUAAACAGUAUAGCCAAGUACUGUUCUUGAUACUACUCCUUGAUACUGUAAGAAUUAUUCCCUGCUUUUCUGGUUCAGGAGUCAAAUUUGAUUGGAUGCGCUGUGCUCAGAGUUCAAGCACUUGAACAGAACGGGGGAAGCUGUUAAAAUGAUGAGGUGUGAACUCUUAUGCAAGGGGACAAAUACUCUGUGCCCUCAAAGGCCAGAACUUUGCUUCAAGUGAGGGAAAGGGCUGGUGGAGUUCUCGGGUUAGCUGGUAGCGUGCUAGCUAGCCCUGCUGGUAACAGUGAUGUUGUACUUGUGUCUUUCUGCAAAUAAUGUGCUUGGCCACGUGAAAGUCUCUUUGCUUUCUUGAAGAUGAAAAGGAGUAGUGGAAUGCAUAUGUCUUCUGCUUUACAGUAAUUUCAAACUUGGUUAUUUCACCAACAUCAAUAAAUCAAACCAUGGUUUGAAGGUUUAUUUUUUUAGUCACACUUCUGUACUGUACCUCAGUUGUUUGGAUUUUUUUUUGUUGAGAUACCAACAGAAUAAAGUCCUAUUGGUUAAAA